AUGGCAAAUUUAUCAUUUUUGACAUCCCUGGCACCCGACAACUGUGAGCUGUUUGGUGAAUUCCCAGUAAGAGUUUUCAAAUUACCAAACCUACGUCAUCUGAAUGUGGAAUACAACCAGGGUCUUACUGGUUAUAUGCCUGAACUUAAUCGAAGUAGUCUUCUCAUGUCACUGAGACUUGGGUAUACUAGGAUUUUCGUAAACUUGCGUUCAAUCACAAAGCUUGAUUUGUUGCAAGAAUUGGAUGCGCCUGCAUGCAAUUUUUCAGAAGGGUUGGUUCCAGCUUCACUAUGUAAUCUUAGGCAGGUCACUUAUCUUGACAUUUCUGCAAACAAAUUUGGAGGUCCAAUUCCUGAUUCGUUGGCAAACCUUACCCAGCUCACUCAUCUUUUGCUUCAAAAAAAUCAGUUCACUGGUCCAAUCCCACCUUGGCUAGGUAACCUUACUAGACUAACUCAUCUAAAUCUUGAUAGAAAUAAAUUAAAUAGUUCCAUUCCCAAGUCACUAUCCAAUGUCAUGAAUCUCCAGCGACUUCAUCUAUAUGAAAAUAGACUCAGCGGUACAGUUGAGUUUCACAUGUUUCUCAAGCUACACAAUCUCAAGGAACUCCUUCUAGGUUAUAAUAAUUUAUACUUGCUCAUUGAACUGAGAACUAUGAACGUAACUAUUCCACAGUUCAGGAGUCUGGGACUGGGUUCAUGCAACCUAAGAGGGUUCCCAGAUUUCCUGAGAUAUCAAGAAAACUUGCAGUGGUUGGGGCUUCAUGGAAACAAAAUAUGUGGCCAAGUACCGAAAUGGAUCUGGAACGCAAGCACAGAAACUUUGAAGUACAUCGACAUGUCAUCCAACAUGCAAUUCGGAGAACUACCUAUACCUUCGCCAAAUGUCGAAUACUAUCAAAUUUCAAACAACCUCUUAACUGGACAAGUUUCACCAUUGAUUUGCAGUUUGAGGCAACUUCAGCUUCUUGAUUUGUCGAAUAACAGAUUGAGUGGCACGCUUCCGCAGUGUCUUGGGAACUUCAGUAAUGGUCUGCAAGUUUUGAAUCUUGGGAACAACUCUUUUCAUGGCAUUCUUCCUCAAACAUAUACCACGGCUAGCAGAAGCAAUCUGAGAAUGAUUGACGUUAGUCAUAACCAAUUGCAAGGGCAACUACCAAGGUCAUUGGCAAAUUGUGUGAUGCUUGAGUUUAUGGUGCUGUCAAGAAAUAAAUUCAAUGACGUUUUCCCCUUGUGGCUUGGGACUCUCCCAAGGUUAAAAUUUUUAGCCAUGGACCAUAAUGAGUUCUAUGAUGUGAUAGGCAAGCCCCAGAAGAAUCAUCAUUUCCUCGAGUUGCACUUUCUUGAUCUGUCUUACAAUAAUUUCACAGGUGAGUUUCCACUUGAAUACAUUUUCUCUGGGAAUGGCAUGAGAAUCAGUCUAAACCAGCCCACAUAUAUGAAGGCAGUCAUAUUUGUUUACAUUUAUUACGGUUCUAUAACUUCUAUAAUAGAUCCGUACUCAAGUACAAUAACACAUAAAGGUGUGGAGAGAUACUUUCCAAAGAUUUGA